AAAUAAAAACGUUAAAUUAUCUAAAACACUUUACUCUUCUCUUCUCCCAAAUUUGAAAGAAAAAGAAAAGAAAUGGAAAGAAACACACCGGUCAGAAAGUCACACACUUCCACCUCCGAUCUGCUGACGUGGAGGGAGGGUUCUACUCCCUCUCACGCUCCGGCCACCGCCUCCGCCGCCCACCGCUCUCAUCAGCCGUCGGAUAGGAUGGGUCAGGUGCUCUCCGGUGGUCAGCUCACAGAGGAAGAAACUGAUCUCUUGAAAAAGAAACCUUGCUCUGGGUAUAAAUUAAAGGAGAUGAAUGGCAGUGGUAUAUUUGCUGCUAAUAAUGGAGAUGAUGCAUCUCAACCUGGUUCCGCUAAGAAAACUAGUGUACGCAUCUGUCAGCAAGCAAUGAAUGGAAUUAGCCAAAUAUCAUUUAAUACUGAGGAGAGCGUAUCUCCUAAGAAGCCAACUUCUAUCCCUGAAGUAGCAAAGCAGCGAGAGUUAAGUGGGACUCUUCAAAGUGAUCCAGAUUUGAACAGUAAGAAGCAGAUAUCAAAUGCAAAAUACAAGGAGAUCAGCGGACAUGACAUCUUUGCUCCUUCCCCUGAAAUUACACCUCGAUCAUUAGCUGCUGCUGCACGCACCUUGGAAUCAAAAGAAAGCAAAGAUAUCGAGAAGCCUGCCACUAGAAAUAUCCGCACUUCUGUCAAAGUUUCCAAUCCUGCUGGAGGUCAGAGCAACAUCCUGUUUGGUGAAGAACCAGAGACUAAAGUAACAAAGAAAUUACACAACCAAAAAUUUCAUGAGCUGACAGGCAAUGACAUUUUCAAAGGAGAUGUUCCUCCUGGAUCUGCGGAAAAAUCACUAAGCAGCGCUAAACUGAAAGAGAUUAGUGGCAGUAACAUUUUUGCAGAUGGAAAGUCAGAGUCGAGGGACUAUUUUGGUGGUGUCCGCAGGCCUCCUGGUGGUGAGAGCAGCAUUUCACUGGUGUAACUAGGGGAAAUCUAACUCGAAAUAUUCCAUGAUUUAAGUAGCAUUGAUCGAUCGUUAUGUAAUUCCGGUGAGAAUGAUUAUGUUUUUUACUUGCAAAUUUCCGCUUCGGCAUGUGAUGGCUGUGAAUUUUGUAAGCUACUUUAGUUUUAUGCUGGAUAGCUAAUUGAGAUAUUUAUAUCCUCUUCGGUCA